AUGCAGUGGCCGGGGAUAGCUCCUGGCGAGCUGAAGCUUGAGGAGCCAGUUAGCGGUAGCGCUCCCCCGCCUGUGAUGGUGUCCAUCUGGGAUUAUCAGAAAGCCGCCGCAAUGCAUCCUCUCCGUACUUUGCUUUUUUUAGCUGGCAUAAUUGCAUUCUCGGACCUGACUGCCGCAGAGCUCUAUGCUGCCACCGGGGGUUGUCCCCUCGGCCAGUUCCCGUGCGGAAACCUGUCGGUGUGCCUGCCCCAGCUGCGGCACUGCAACGGCGUGAAGGACUGCGAAAACGGCGCUGACGAGGAGAACUGCGUGGACAAUAGUGGAUGGCCUCAUCUCUUUGAUGCAUUUUUAAAGAGAAACAUACAGGAGUCAAAGGAAUGUUUGCUGGAUGUAUUUCCAGAAGCCUGUCAGUGUGAAGCCAAGAAAGUGAAUUGUAACAGCAGAGAUCUUCAGUAUGUACCUGCAGUAUCUUCCAAUAUCACUGCAUUUGAAUUGAACAGCAAUCGGAUCACAUCUCUUCCACCAGAUCUCUUUAUACGAUAUAAAAAUCUGGAAAGACUGCACUUGCAAAAUAAUAGCAUCCACACAAUAUCGAACCGGGCCUUCUCAGAACUGUAUAAUCUAAGGAAACUAUUCCUCAGCCAAAACAGGAUCACUAUGCUAAAGGCUGCUAUCUUCCGGAACCUUCACAAUCUUGAAUGGCUAAUCCUGGACGACAAUCAAAUAUCAUCUGUAAGACAGGAAUCAUUCACAGGACUCAGAUCGUUGUUUUUCUUGUCAUUGCUGAAUAAUUCAAUUGAGCACUUACCGAACAAUUCUUUCUGCCAGGAAAUGCCAAGGUUGAAUUGGCUGGAGAUGGAAGGGAAUCUCAUAUCAACGUUACACAGUUCCAGCUUUCGAGAGUGCAGAGCUCUCACUGUCUUAGCUCUUCGUAGAAAUCACAUAGAGAUUAUUGAAGAGGGAACAUUUUCCACAAUGCAAAAGCUCAUAGACUUGGGAAUGGAGGGAAUAGAGAUCCCAAACAUCAGCAUCAGAAUGUUUCGGUCUCUUGGAAACCUCUCUCAUAUAUACUUUAAGAAGUUUGAAUACUGUGGUUAUUCCCCCAAUGUGAGGAGCUGCAAACCCAAUACCGACGGGAUAUCCUCCUUCGAAAAUCUGCUGGCUAAUAUCAUUCUGCGGGUCUUCGUCUGGGUGGUGGCUUUCAUCAUCUGUUUCGGCAACGUCUUCGUUAUAUGCCUGCGUUCCUGCAUCACAUCUAACGACCACCACCAUACCAUGUCCAUCAAGUCACUCUGCUGUGCAGAUUGCUUGAUGGGAGUCUAUCUGUUCUUCAUUGGCGCCUUUGACAUUAAGUACUGCGGGGAAUACAACAGGAACGCCCAGUUCUGGAUGGAAAGCACACAAUGUCAGCUCAUCGGCUCCCUGGCCAUGCUGUCCACCGAGGUGUCUGUUAUGCUGCUAACGUACAUGACCCUCGAGAAGUACAUCUGCAUCGUGUUCCCCUUCCACAACUACCGGGCCGGGAGGAAGCAGACUCUCUCAAUCCUCAUCACUAUCUGGGCCCUUGGCUUUAUGAUAGCCGUCGUCCCGUUCUGGGACAGGCAGACGUUCGGUAACUAUUAUGGCAGAAAUGGAGUCUGCUUCCCUCUCCACUCUGACCUGACAGAGAAGCCAGGGGCAAGGACAUACUCCACUGGAAUAUUCUUGGGCCUGAAUCUCGUUGCUUUCAUUAUUAUAGUAUUCUCCUACACCAGCAUGUUUUUUUCAGUAAGGAGAACUGGAUCCAAAACUGCUCGGCAGACGAUCUUUGACGAAGAAGUCGCAAUAGCGAAAAGGUUCUUCUUUAUAGUGUUUACGGAUGCUUUGUGCUGGAUGCCUAUAUUCCUUCUUAAAAUUCUCUCUUUGUUACAAGUGGAAAUCAGAGGCACAGUCAUCUUGUGGGUAGUGAUUUUCAUCCUGCCCAUCAACAGUGCCCUUAACCCCAUUCUCUACACCAUCACCACAGCCGCUUUCCAGGAGCGUCUCAAGCUUUGCCUGCAGCUGAAAUGGCAGCAGCUGGGGGUAAAGGAGACGUCGCACAGCGUAUCGAUGAUCUACACACAGACCAGCACCCUUUAGCCAAUGACGUAGCUCACAUAUCACGUCAAAUUAGAUCAAAAUUUAUUUAUGAAAUGCACAACAGUACAGCAAAUGGCGGUAGGUGCAGGCAAUGAAGUGAGGUUCCCUGAGAGAUGCCUACAGUAAAUGAUAGUAAUAUAUAAGAAAAAUUAAUAAAUACAAUUGUAAAAUAAAUAGCAAAAAAUAUUUGCAACAAAUAAAUGGAAUGUGCAAAUUCUCAAUAUUAAUGGGCAGAACAGAUAUUAAGUAGCCUCACUGCCUGAGGGUAGAAACUGUUGUGGAGUCUGUGGCUCCACGCUCCGAUACAAUAGGACUGAACGGGGUUUGUGGUUGGGACGGCUAGGGUCCUUGAGGUUGGACCCGGCCUUCUCGAGGCACCGUAGAUGUCUCGGAUGUCAGGCAGGUUGCAGCCGGUGAUUAUCUGUGCCAUAUACUAACGCCAUGACAUGAGAUGGGGUCCCAAGUGACAGGGGAUAGAGCCUGAUGAGGAAGUGGCCUUUCUGAAAUGGAAGCACAAUGUGACUAACAUCAUUAGACGAGACGCAUGGUGCUCAUCGCUGGCUCAGUGGGAGAAGCCAUGAAAUGCAAAAUUACUGCAGUUAUUUCCGACCUGCUGUCCUGUUUUUGUGGUUAAUGGCUCUGUCUACCACCACAUACACAUGUGCACAAGGGAAAGGCACCCGUGUAAAGAUGAAGGGAGUGUUUUCAUAUUGACCACACUCUGCAUUAAUGCCUACAUUAUCAUAAAAAAGAGUAUCCGUUUCUUACUUUGCUUGUCAAUGGGGCGGUACCCUCAAAGCUCUGCCAAUUGUACCCUUAGCUGUAGGUAAAUAUACCUUAAAAGGUACAGAAGAGGGCUCGGAUGAAUCCAUUGAGGGUACAUUAAUGUUGUGGGGAUGUUUUUCAGCUCUAGGGUACAACUGGCAGACCUAUGAGGGUACAACCCCAGUGAGAAGAAAAGGUACAAAUUGGUACUCUUUCUUUCUGACAAUGUCUAUGAAAAAAAUAUAUAAAUAGAUAACAAUGUCAUGAUAACACAGUAUGUGUUAGUUAUGCUGCUGUUUGGUGGCUAAUGGCAGCUUCUUGUUAUGUUUAUUAUUAAUUGUGCGGUAUAGCAGGUAUAGCAGUGUAGCAGUCCACUUCUUGCUAUGUGCAAUGUCAUGAAAACCAAUUUAAUCUGUUGUCCCUAAUCCGCUCUAACUGCAUGAGUCAACUGCAGGGAAGUUCAAAACUAUACCUGUGAAUCACACCAUACCAUCCGUCCAUCUUCUAAAUGCUUUUCCUGAUCAUCUGUACCAUUUGUUCACAUAUACCAAGAAAUAAGAAGCACCUAAUAAUGAUUAAUGACUAUCUAAUAAAAACCAGCAGUAUUGCCAUUAUGAUGCUUAACUCUGUACUCUCAUGGAUUAUUAAUCUUUAUUCUCAUUUAUUGAACAGUAAUGUUAACCUGUACGUCCAAAAUCUAAAUCAAAAAUCCCAAAUAAGUACUGAAUGUAUAUUAUAUAUACAUAUGUUUAUACUGGAUAUACACUCAUACUAGGCUCUGGACCCCUCGCAACCCUUGAUAGGAGAAGUGGUUUCAGAAAAUGGAUGGAUACACACACACACACACACACACACACACACACACACACACACACACACACACACACACAUGAGGA